ACUUAAUGUAACAUUUUCAGUGUUCGCACAUGAUACCGUUCUCAUGGGCGUAACUUGAAAAUAAACAAAAGUGUUUUAUUAUUGUUGUUUUUUCUUGUUUAACAAUUGUAAUGUGCAUUUGAUAAAAAAAAAUUAUACGUAAACAUAUGAAAUAUAUAAUAUAACUUUAUUGUAUUUAGUACAUAACAAUCAAACCUGAAAUUGCGUGCGAGAGGUUAGACAGUAACGAAUGUUUAUCACCGAGCCAGUAAAAUAUGUUUGGAUCAUUGCGUAGCAAAUUUCAAACCGUGCAAGAAGGUAUAUCCGCUAGUAUACGAGGAUUGUCAACCACUGAACAUGCCAAGAGCAAAAAGUUGGCCAAUGUAAGAAAAGUAAAUUAUGAUGCUGGAGCAGAUGUGUUGCAUCGAUUUCAAUUACAAUGGAACGAGCUUCACGAGCUCUCCGAAGAAAAUGCGGGAAAAGCUCAGGAAGUGGAUGCGUUGAUAUCUUCUAUUUAUGAAAAACUUCAACACGAAUGGAAUAGUAUCACAUGUUUGAAUAGCACUUUGGCCUAUAUUCCAAAAAUUAAUAAUUCAAUUCAAGACCUAAUGGACCAGAUAGGAAAUUUGCAAGAAAUGUUUGAAGAGGUUGAAGGAGCUUUAUAUCGAUUGGAAGACUUAAACGAAAUGCUAGAUCUACAAAGUAGACAGUUGGAUCAUAGGUUCCAGUUGGCUUUGUAUAAGGAGAAGAAAUUGAUAGAAUUGAAUAAUUUUAAAGCAAUACUGUCUAACGAACACAUUGAGAGAGUUUCACAACAUGAAUUAAAUCAGCAAAAAAGAUUGAAGGAACGACGCGAGACUUUUGAAGAAGCUUUUAAAGAAGAUCUCGAAGAAUAUAAAGCAACCGGAUCUAUACCAACUCGUGAUAAAAACCAAGUAUAACGUGGAACCACAACAAUUAAUUUGCAAUGGAUCCAGCUCUUAGAAAGAGACAAAGGAAGGAAUUAUUGUACAACAAAUUGCACAGAGGCUUUGUUAAUACCUGCAUGGGUGUCACAUUCGUUGCAAGUGUUUUUCUCGGUUAUACGAUAUACCAAUACGUGCGAUAUGUUCGACCCGUGCAAACAGCACAGAAUCAACUGACCGAGGAUGAACUUUUGUUUGAGGGUAGAAUUAUAGAAGAUAAUCCAAAUAUACAAUUGUCAUCGUAGAGCAUAGUUAUGUUACGAAGUAGCAGUCUUUAUGUGUAUAAAAAAAUCCUACUUAUUAUUCAUAAAUAGAAUUAAAAAACAAAAACAAAAAAAAAAAUAGUAUGAAUCAGAAUUAUAUAUUUGUGGAUUGUAAAGUAUACAUGUAAAUGUAAUUCUAUAAACAAUUAUUUAUAUAAUUAAUAUAAAAACAGUCAUGACUAACAGCGUUAAAAUAGCACAUAAUAUAAUAU